AUCUUUAUCCUCACUCUGUCUUGCUUAAACAUCAGUUUUAUAGCCUCACUCUCUAGACUCCCACUUCUGCUUCAAUCUCCUUUAAUUUCAACUGUAAUAUCUGAAGUUCAUCAAUAUAUAUAUAUAUAUAUCUAACUGUUUUCAAUUUGGUUAGAGCUGUUUUUCAGUAUGGAGAGAUUUAGAAGUGGCUGCACCAGAUUGUGCAUUUUAGCUGUAUGCAUAUCCAUUUUAGCCACAACAAAUCUCACUCUAUGCGAGGCAAGGACUUUACUGGAAAUGUUCGAGUUCAGAGGCCAAGAAUUCCAUACAAGUUCAGCGAUUGAUGCAAUAAACGAUGUCAAAGUAUCAAAUGAUGAAUUGAACAUGAAUCCAGCAAUAUCAAAUGAUGAAUUAGAUGGUAUAAGCUAUCCCUUCUCACUUGUACCUUUUGAAUCACUAGGACCACUUCCCUCUCCUGAAGAUACACCUCCAUUUUGUGUAUUUCCUCCAAUAUUCACCCCACACCCACCUCCUAAUAGCUAUGGACAACCAUCCCCAACACCACCUUUUUACUUCCCUCCAUUUCCUAACCAAACCCCACCACCCCAAGGUCACACCCCUACCCCACCUACCCCGGUCCACUCCAACCCUAGCCCACCUAACCCGGUCCAGAAUCCACCCCACUCUGUGCCUACCCCUAGUCCGCCUCAUCAUGGGCCUAGCCCACCAAAACAAGCCCAUAGCCCACCCAAGCAUGGUCCAAGCCCUCCGGUCUAUCUACCGCCUGUACCUUUCCCGCCACCAUAUGGGCCACCACCUCCACACAAGAGACCUGAUUUUGCUGUUUGGUGUGUUGCGAAGCCAACGGUGCCUGAUACAAUAAUCCAAGAAGCCAUGGACUAUGCUUGUGGAUCAGGUGCGGACUGCAAGUCCAUUCAGCCCAAUGGGCCAUGCUUCAAACCCAAUACAGUGAUAGCCCAUGCCUCCUAUGCUUUCAAUAGUUACUGGCAGAGGACAAAGGUUGCUGGAGGCACUUGUGAUUUUGGAGGGUCUGCCAUGAUCGUCACAGUUGAUCCAAGUUUUGAUGGAUGCCAAUUCAUCUUUAAUUGAUCUCUGACGACACAUGCCGCAUGGCAAUAUACAACCACAACCUCUCCUCCUGGAUCCUCCUCAUCUUCUCUCUCAAUAUAGUAAAAAUUGGGCGUUGGCAUGCUGUUAGAUGAAUUUUAAUUUAUACAUACUACUUUCGAAUUUUUGUCAUAAA